UCCACAUUAAUUAACACAAUCUUUAUUUUUGUGUUUGAAUUUCCACUAUAUGCUUUCUACUAUUCUUCAUGCUUCUUCACACCAAUUUCAACCUAACCAACACCUUUUCAAUACUUGACACAAAUUCAACUCACUUCAACUCUCUAUAUAAACAAUUCAAGCUUAACAAGCCCUACACACCCUUCCAACCUCUUGUAAUACCAAAAUGGCACCCAAUAGAGACACCACCUUUCUCCAGGGUGGCUUCACGAAGAGCAACAACAACAACGUCAGCCAGAAGCCCCCGAAGCUGUCGAUGGAAACCCUUCAACGCACGAUCUCCGACAUCUCGUUCGAGCUCCUGAGCCAGGAAACCCUAGCCGGCUCGGAGAAGCCCACCCUCGCCACCCUGCCCCCGAUCUCCGAGGUCGAGGACGCGAAGUGCGAGUGCUGCGGGAUGUCGGAGGAGUGCACCCCGCAAUACGUGAAGAAGGUGCGCGGGACCUACGGCCAGAUGAUCUGCGGGCUCUGCUCGGAGGCGGUCAAGGAGGAGAUGGAGAAAAACGGCGGGAAAAGGGAGGAGGCCCUGCACGCGCACGUGGGCGCGUGCGCUAGGUUUAACCGCCUGGGCAGAGCAUACCCGGUGCUCCUCCAGGCGGAGGCCAUGAGAGACAUUUUGAGGAAAAAUAGGGCAAAAUCCCUUAGCCCUAGAGAUAAGGGAGGAACGAAUCAAACGGUUAGAGGUGGAAUUUCUAGGAGUUCAAGCUGCAUACCGGCAAUUACCAAGGAGAUCAAUGAACACAAGAAGACCUAGAUAUAUGUUAUAGCUAUAUCUAUAUAUAUAUUAACCUAAUGUUAUGUAGUUAAUUAAUGAAUGAAUGUUAAUUAGAUGUCAAUAAAGAGGGUAAUGUUUGUUUCAA